GUUUCUUCCCUCGAAGAUCGAUUUCCAUUGAAUCCGUCUUGUACGCUUUUAGAUCACGAUUUGCUCCGUCCCUCUCUUCUUCUCCACGUCACGGCGAUUCUCGCGGCGGUGCUAUUCCUUAUCGGUUGAGAUACGAAAAUGUUCAAUUCGAUGAAGAUACUACCACUGGAGGCUCCUCCUGCUGACGGGAAUUUAGGUCCACUUCCUCCGUCGCAAUUAACGGAUGAAGAAAUCAAAGAGAAUGAGUUUCAAGGAGAGCAAAACAAUUCAAUUCAAACUCCCAUAGCUGUGGCUACUCAUACGAAUCCAAUCGGAAUCAUUUAUCCACCUCCAGAGAUCCGAAAAAUCGUCGAGACAACGGCUCAAUUUGUUUCGCAAAACGGUUUGGCGUUUGGAAACAAAGUUAAAACAGAGAAAGCCAAUAAUGCUAAUUUCAGCUUUUUGAAAAGUGAUAAUCCUUAUCAUGGCUUUUACCGGUACAAGGUCACUGAGUAUAGUUGUCAUAUUCGUGACGGAGCUCAAGGUACUGAUGUAGAUGAUACAGAAGAUCCCAAACUUGAUGAUGAGUCUGAUGCAAAACCUGACCUUCAGGCUCAAUUUAGGGCUCCUCGUAAGAUUUUAGAAGCACCUGAACCUGAGAAGUAUACUGUUAGACUUCCUGAAGGGAUCAUGGAGGCUGAGCUUGAUAUUAUUAAGCACACGGCGCAGUUUGUGGCGCGGAAUGGUCAAUCGUUUUUAAGGGAAUUGAUGCGUAGAGAGGUGAAUAAUUCUCAGUUUCAGUUUAUGAAGCCAACACAUAGUAUGUUCACUUUUUUCACUUCUUUGGUUGAUGCGUAUUCUGAAGUAUUGAUGCCUCCCAGAGAUUUGAAAGAAAAGCUGAGAAAGAGUGUUGCUGAUUUGACGACUGUUCUCGAGCGUUGUUUGAAUCGGCUUGAGUGGGAUCGUUUCCAGGAGGAGGAGAAGAACAAAGAAGAGGAUGAGAAAGAGAAGGAGAGAGUGCAGAUGGUUAUGAUUGAUUGGAAAGAUUUUGCAGUUGUUGAGUCUAUAGAUUUUGCAGACGAGGAGGAUAAAGAUUUGCCAAUGCCUAUGACACUUGAGGAGGUUAUUAGGAGGAGCAAAGUUUCAGCCAUGGAAGAAGAUGAAAUUGUUGAGCCUGGAAAGGAAGUUGAGAUGGAUAUGGAUGAAGAAGAAGUUAAGCUUGUUGCAGAAGGAAUGAGAGCAGCGAACCUGGAAGAGUAUGUUGGCUCUGUGGAGAUUGAAGAAGAAGCACCAAUGAGAAUUGUUAAGAACUGGAAGAGGCCUGAAGAUAGGUUUCUGACAGAGAGAGAUUCGAGUAAAGUUGUUAUAUCACGGAUUACUGGUGAGCUGAUUCCCAUUACCGAGAUGUCUGAGCACAUGAGGAUUUCUCUUAUUGAUCCUAAGUUUAAAGAACAGAAGGAUCGGAUGUUUGCUAAGAUUCGUGAGACAACUCUCGCACAAGAUGAUGAGAUUGCUAAAAACAUUGUCGGGUUGGCCCGCCUCCGUCCUGAUAUCUUUGGAACAACAGAAGAAGAAGUUUCAAAUGCUGUAAAAGCAGAUAUUGAGAAAAAAGAUGAGCAACCGAAACAAGUAAUAUGGGAUGGUCACACUGGAAGUAUUGGUCGCACAGCAAACCAAGCCUUGACUCAGAACUCCAAUGGAGAGCAAGGCGAUGGCGUUUAUGGUGAUCCCAAUAGCUUCCCUGGUCCAGCUGCUUUUCCUCCUCCUCGACCAGGUGUCCCAACUGUCCGGCCACUGCCACCACCUCAAAAUCUCGCCUUGAACCUUCCUCGUCCUCCUCCUUCUGUUCAGUACCCUGGUGCACCAAGGCCAUUAGGUGUUCCAAUGAUGCAGCCCAUGUAUCAACAACACCAGCUCUCUAUGUCUGGGCCACAUGGACAUCCUUCAAUGAUGAUGAGUCGACCACCACAAAUGCAACCUGUUAUGCGUGUGCCGCCUCCACCGGGAUCUCAGUUUUCUCAUAUGCAAGUUCCUCAACCUUAUGGUCAGCUUCCACCGCUUUCGAUGGGGAUGAUGCAACCACCACCUAUGGCUGAGAUGCCUCCUCCUCCACCACCCGGGGAGGCACCACCGCCUCUUCCUGAGGAGCCAGAGCCAAAAAGACAGAAGCUCGAUGAGUCAGCCCUUGUUCCAGAAGACCAGUUUCUUGCUCAGCAUCCGGGUCCGGCUACAAUCAGGGUUUCUAAGCCAAACGAGAAUGAUGGACAAGUCAUGGAGAUCACAGUGCAGUCGUUAUCCGAAAACGUGGGAAGUUUGAAGGAGAAAAUAGCUGGGGAAAUGCAAAUUCCAGCAAACAAACAGAAGUAA